GUGAGAGUAGUGUGACAGUUGCUGGCCAGUGACUGUAGCCGACGUAGCUCCGUCUUUGCAGGCUGUCAUGCAUACCAACACACGAGGGGCAGGCAGCCUCUCUACAGGUGAAGCCGGGAUAGAUGAGUGCGGAAUGAAGUUUCUUUUCAUCGUCCCGCACCGACAGAAACUCGCUGCUGUGUUGCAGCCAAAAAUGAACCUCAGUGAUCCGGUUCACAGUCUCAUCAGAGGAUGGGCGGGCGGUGCCGGGAUCACUGAGGGGGAAACGGGGAUUUAACGCUUUCAUACUUGAACAGCGGUGCCUGCUGCUGUUGCUGCUGUAAUAUAUGUUAUGAACAGCGCAUGAUAAUGCAAUGAUAAUUAAAGGGGAAAAAAUUGUUUAGGAUGAACAAAAGUCGUAGUUUACCUUGUUUGUACGUUCAUAGUUGCCGUAGUGUUGAUCUCGUUGCUAUGGGCACAACAUCAAACUCAUGAGGCGGCAGCGAAAAGUUGGGGGAACAUUUUUCUCUUAUUCUUCCCCUCAUGUUUAGCCUAUGACUUAUAUUUGACAUUAAAACCAGAGCAAGAGUAUAUUUACAGAAUUACAGGUGAGUACAGGGGGAAGUUGAAUGAUAGUCGCCCAUGCUCACCAAUGUUUUCUAAGUUAGUUAACGAUUAAGCCUUAUUGUUAAAAAAUAGAUAAGAUGUUUACUAGUAUUUGAUGCAAGAAGUAGGAACUGCUGAUUCUGACCUGAUACAGGACAUAAACUGCUCAACAGUCCGAGGUCUUAAUCUUUCUUUGCAUUAUUUCUGGAUAUCAGUUUUAAAUAAUCAAAAUCUGCUUUAUUCUGCUGCUGUUUAAAGUGCAUUGUAUCGAUUAGUUUUCUGUUCCCUUUGGGGAACAAAAAUUUAUCCCCCAGUUUGGAACUAUUUACAAUAUAUGCAUCUAUCAAUCUUCAAAAUCAUGACUUGUCCCUUGAAUAUCCUUAACCCUUGAAUGUCAGGUUAAUGUGAAUUUUUUGCCAUUUUCAGAUCACAGGCGAGAAUUAAAAGUGCUAACAGCCACAGUAACAACUCUGUCUGCAUUGCUCCCAGUGCACUAAACAACUCAGCACCACAUCUACAAUGACCUCACCCAAAGGAGAGAGGGAGGAUGAGGAGAUCCCUGAUCUACAGCCGAACUUUGUCUUUGGGAACACCUUUAUCAAACCAAAGACCAAAUCCAAAGACACUCAGCGUGAGGAUAGCGGGCCCCUUGAUCUCCCUGAAUAUUAUUCAACAGAUAUGCUGUGUCUGAGAAGAACUAAUCUGAAACAUGUCACAGACAGUAUUUUGAAAAGUAGCUCUGUAAAGGUCAGUUUGGACUUCGCUUUACAUUUAUCAACCUCUGCCCACCAAGCAAUGGAUGCUGUGUUUUGCAAGCUUUUAAGCAAACCUCUUAAAUGUCAGAAUUAUCAAUUCCAAUGCAUUACUGAAUAGUCCUAACUCUAAUUCUGUCAUUGUCAGUGUUUAUACCUCGAAGGGAACCAGAUAACAAGCAUCCCAGAAUCAUUCUUCAUCAGCCUUCCCAACCUGCUGUGGUUGGAUCUCAGGAAUAACCAAAUUGAAACACUCCCUGCUGAAAUUGGCUUGCACAGGUACCUUUCUUAUGCAACUGCUCUUUGAAAUUUAUGCUGAUUGAUUCCAAGCCCCUCAGCCACUACAGGAGUACAGUAUGUUCAUUCUUUGAAAUGUCACAUUGGAGAACAUUUUAGAUAGGGAUUUUGGUAUCGCAGAGUUCUUUUUGAGUGCAAAACUAAAUGAAUACUUUCCAAAAGUACCAGAAUGAUAUUCUUUUUGAUUAGAGCAUAUUUUGUUCAAUGAAGAUUUCUCCGGUCUCAGCUUAAAACCUGGUCAGAAUCAAUUCCGAAAUUAUCUAAUAUUCUGCGAUUUAUUUUUUUUUCCUUUAGAUGUCUGAAGACUUUACUUCUUGAAGGAAAUCCCAUCUCAGAACUGCCAGAAGAGUUGGGUGAGUUGAGUUCAUCUUUAUCUGCAGCCAGUGUUUCUGUUCUUUGUGAUAAGAGAGUCUGUGUGUUUUAUGAGUUUCAGUCAGCCUCACUGGCAGGUAAAGGAGAGUAUUUCCACUGACAACUAUGAACUAGGAGUUUAAUUUGGAGUUAAUAAGUAGCUUUAUUGUGUGAUUUACUCUCAGCUGUAAACAUUAAGAUAGUUAGUGGUAUUUAUCAAUAGUAAGUGUAUUAACCACAGGGGAUCCUCAUCAGCUCGACGCCUUUGCUGCAGACAGGGUCAACUCUACCCCAAAAUAAGUCAGUCUGACCCAAACGCUAUAGAAGGUCUAAAUGUAAACUCUAUUUCCAACAGUUUCAACAGUUUGUACACUCUCAGACCCAGCACUCAUGUUCAAAAACCUUAUUACCACCUCUUUAAAACCUAUUUGAAAUAUUUGAGGGUCUUACCAGAUAGUUAGUAGAAAUUGAGAAGAUGGUUAGCAAGUUUUAGUUAGUCAAAUAAGUUGCUUCAGAUAGCUGCAGUGAAGUCUGCAAAAUAGUUCUUGGUGGAGAAGACACUCAACUACUCAGCUAAAAGUUAUGGUUAUUUCCUCUGACAUGCAUGGAUUGUUAUUUCAAGUGUAACAAAAUAACAAAAAGGCUCCAUAUUUUGAGAAAUGUCUGUUUUAUCUCACUGCUCAAAGUCAGCAGACUCCGUCAACAAAAAACAGACAAUCAUUUCAGCUACACAGAACAUGGGAGUUGUUAAUCUGCCACUGCCUCAAUCGGUCAAAUUGUUGUCUUUUGCUUUAUGUGUCCGAUUCGAAGACAUAGAAAAUAACACUCAUAUUUUUUUUCCAUUUUUGGACCAUAGAAACUGCAUGAUUCAGUUUAGUGUUGAGGGAUCAGCACCUCUAGUGUUGCAAGAGGGAAAAGUGUGUUUUUCUUUGGAGUUUGGUGGCUUUGAAAAGAGACAUGUAACAACUGUUUCAGGUCAAAAAAAGAAGUUUAGCUGUGUUUAGACUCUUUCUCUUUUUAAAAGACUAUUUCAGUCUGAUUCCUGUUUUUCAGGAGAUAGGACAACAGCAAGGGACCAGGGCUUCAAGGACUAUAGCCUCUACAAAAGUCAUGUCGUCAAACUGCUGAGCAAAACCAAAGCUUCAAAAGAUCAUUGUCUUUAUGAAUGCUAUUUAGUUGGGUGCAUUUUGCCCUGAGGAUUAUAUUGCAGCUGUAACAGUACAUUUUGGUUGGUGUUUUAAUAAAGGAAUGCACAAAAAUAUUCCAUAAAAAGGGCCCAGGUUUUAUUGCUGGGGUAACCCUGAAGGUGGAUAGUAAAAGAACGGACAGUUUCUAAGACACUUUCUCCUAUGUGCUCAUUAUAAAUUUAUCUGGAUAAUUGUGUUUUCUAAAUGCCAAACUGUGACCUGUGAACACAUUUUAAUCAAUUCUACAUCUAUGAUUUAUUUUUCUUCAGGUAAUGUGCCCACUCUAGAAGGCCUGAACUUGAGGAAUUGCCCUAUCACUUACCCCCCGCAGGAAAUCAUAAACCAGGGGGUCCACAGCAUCCUGCAGUACCUCAGGACUGCUCUGGCUAAGCGUCCAGUCAGUGUGAUGAAGACCUCUCCAGGUAAGUCAAAGGCACCUUAACUUUGAAUAGUGCAGCAGCGAGGUGUUCAGUAUGCACGUGCACCCCAGCCAUCUGCUCUUUUUGUCAAAGCGAGGACAUGCUGGUCACAAAAAUAGCUCCUUGCCCUGGUACCACUUCACUGGUGUGACUUCUGUUGCCUUGGAGACGGCGCGUGACACUCAGCUGACUAUGCCCCCCCAACCCUCCUUCCUGGAAUAUUUUUAGCCAGAUGAAAAUGAUCGAUAACCUGUGGGCUCUGAACAGGAGCUCUGUGUCUCUGAGCUCUGUCUGAAGGUAAUAACUGUGAGAAGCCCAAUACGGCCCCCCUCAGGAGAGGCUGCUGCUGCACAACCAGCUGAUCAAACCCCUCAAUCACGUCGUUUAUCUCCCCACACACAAGGUUAUCAAGAAAGAUGAGACUCUGGUCUCCAGGGGGGAAAUCUCCUUUCAUUUAAUUGGCUCAGAGAAUAAGUUCUUAAACAUACACCAGUCAUUUGCAGACUGCGGUGUCGUCUCCCUCUUUAAGCUGCGAUAAGGUUGAGUUUUAGUGUAAUCAUCCUUCACAUAGGGAGAAAUUAACAUUCAGACUCUAAUUUACAUAAAAUCUCAAGGUUGCAGGAAACUACUCUGCAAUUUGAUCUACUUUGUGAAUGUCAAACAUGUUCUCAUGUAAUGUAUGAAAGGAGAGGUAAGAUGCUCAAAGAUGUUACGUUUUUCUUUCCUGAUACCAAACUGAUGGUAGGAUGUGAAAAAAGCCAAAUGCUGAUCUGAUAACGCCGCAUAGUUUCACUUGAAAAGGAGAAAAACAAUUUCUUGCUUCUCCUGUGUGGAUGUGAUAUAAUUAGUGUUAUCAUUGAAGGGUCUUUGCCCAGAUUAAACUCUUUGUAACACAUAGAUAAACACAGACAGAGAGUGGAUACCACAGAACCUUCUUUAAUUGCGUAGUUUGACUGUCACUGGAAACCGAAACAGAACAUAAACAAGUUUGGAAACACAAAGAGUUCUGAACGGAGAAAGUUUUCUAAUAUCAUUAAAGAAACUACUUUUCUUUAACCUUGAUGAAAGACAUCACAUGGUAAAGACAUUUAUAAGAAAGUAGGAAAAGACAACCAGCUACUCUUGGCUUAGAAAGAUGUUGUGUGAAUCUUCUUAAAUACAAAUUUCUGCUCGUAUCUUUCUGUUGUUUUUCCUUAUUCUCACUUCAUACAUAAUGACCUUAAAUGACUUUGUCUUUGCUGCCCUGAUACAACAGCUGACUGUGGCAGGUACUUAACAGAAAUGGUGGCUGAAAAUUGCAACUGGUUUUGCAGAAGGCUGAGUAAGAGCAGGAAAACUUAUUGAUUUUGGUUGAAUAUUUUUCUUUAGCUAACGAGCUAACAUGAAUAAUCAGUGCAUUCCACAUUUGAGGCUGCAUUGGAGGCAUUUCUUGAACUGGUAUCCGUAUCAGAACAGUUCUAAACAUAGUGUAAUAGCUUCAAAUACUUUCAUAGAGUGAUUUUUAAAAAUCAACUAGUUGCUCUUACUCUCCUCUACCACUGUAGCUGUAGGCCACACACUAGUUUGAGACCUGCCUUCUUUCAUAUCUUAAUAAAUCUCACUAUUACUCUUGCGGUUGUUCCAUUGAUAGAGCUGCCAGUGAUGGAGAAGCUCCAGCUAUCAGAGUUGAGGGGGUCGAGUGUGGAGGAGCAGGAAGAAACUGUGGAUGAGGACGAGCUGCAGAGAUUCAGAGAGCUCAAAAAUAAAAUGAUCCAGCUGGACAAAGCUGAACUUGGAUCUAUUGCACAAAGAGACAAGAAGUCACAUCCUCUUCCUGUGGUCAAGAGGUAAGAUAAUAGAGAAAAAAAGGAGGAAACUCUUACUUGAUCCAGUUGUAUGACAUAACUUUUGCUCUUUUCUCAAAAGUUAAUGGAGGAGGUUAAUAACAGUCUUGUAUCUGCGGAUUAAAUAUGAAGCUACAGCCAGGCAGAGGAAUUAAGAGUUACCAUAUUGUUUAUUAAAAUAGAGGUUAAAAAAACAUUUUUUUCAAAGAAGGCUGCAGAAGUAGAGAUCUAUCUUCUUCUCUUCUGUACUCUUCAAGUUCAAUGCUUUUUGAAUUUCCCUCUGGUAUUAAUAAAGUAUCUAUCUAUCUAUCUAUCUAUCUAUCUAUCUAUCUAUCUAUCUAUCUAUCUAUCUAUCUAUCUGUCUGUCUGUCUGUCUGUCUGUCUGUCUGUCUGUCUGUCUGUUCAUCCGUCCGUCCGUCCGUAAAUCUAUCUAAAAUAUCCUCACAAUACGAAAAUAUAAACUCUCAAUCUGAAGGAUAUUUCUACCAGCUGAAACUGACCUCAUAUUUUUAGAUUAUUAAAUUGAUAUGAUAAUAUCAGUUUUAUGAUAAUAAUAUUCAAAUCAAACAACAACUUUGUUGUAUGAAACAUUAACUUCCGCCUGCAAAUUAGUUGGUUGAGGAGUGUCUUGCUGAAUCUGCAGUUGGUCAUCAGCCAUAUUGGCGGCUUGGCUUUCAUCCAUUGAUCUCCAAGUUCUCACAGACAUCAUUUUCUCCAUACCUCAGUGUCUGUGUGUCUUUAGACAUCUACUGUGUCCUUGUUUAAAUGUAGUGUCUCUCUUGUGUUGUUGUGUAAAAGAGGUAUCUUCAUCAGUCCUGAUAAUUGAAGGGGUGUGCAUGAUGGGGCAUAAUAAAAAGUGAUUAAUCUCUUAUCUACAAAAAGCACAGAAAAGAGCAUACUUGAAAAUGAAAGGUAGAGUACCUACAGAUACUUGUGGGAAGAAUAGGAUAUGAAACAAUAAAAGGAACAGAAAAAUAGACACUGAAGCACAGAACAGAUUCCUGGAAGCUCCUGUAAAGAACUUCUAGUUUAUGUUGGUUUUGGCGCCCUCUCUUGUCAAAGAUGUGCAUCCUUUAGUUUUUUCUUACUAGUUCUUUUUUUCCUGACACAAAAAAAAUCAUCCUGCUCCUUUAAAAUAGUGACUUUUUGCUGCUGACAUUGGGAAUAGAAGGUUGUUUGUUCAGAGUGCUGGCAAUCUUACAGUCUGACACCAGCCCCCUUUCAGUAUUUUCACGCAUCAAGAAGUGCUGAAGAGAAAUCCCCACUCUUGUUACUUUUGGUCGUCUUUGCUCUUGUAAGUCAAAACAAAACAUCAAUAUUCAUUUCAGUCUAUUUCAUGACCUGUUCAAAUCUCAUGUGGGCUUUAAGUCAAUUUUUGUCACUUCCCACCUGUGUAGCUAUGCAAUGCCAAACAUGGCUUAAGAUAAAAAAAAACUGAAACCAGUAAACAGCCUACCUGACACUGUCAGCAAUACUGCUCCCACAUAAAUUAAAUUAAUUAUUUCCUCUCUAUUUAGUCCACACACACACAAACACACAGACACACAAAAACAUUUUGAUUGGUGUUGAGUGCCAAACCAUUUCUUGGCUGGGAAAUUCCUGGGAUCUGUGCUGGUUACCUGGCAACUGGUGCUGGAUGAAAAAUAGUUAUUGUCAUUUUUACACUCCCAUUUUUGAAAGAUUGAAGAAGUGAAGUUAUCAAGUGAGCUUCAGGGGAGCUGCUGGGUGGAGAUUGUCACCCAUUGGAGGUAGUGCUUGCAGUUUUUAGUCUUUAUGCUGCUGGCUUGAGCUACAGUAUAUAGUAGCACAAUUCAGACACCAGAUUUGACAACAGGUCUCAUAAUAUCCUAGAAGGGAGGUAAUCUGUUUCUUUGUUCAUUAAAAAAAAGUCUUAAAUAAUGUACAUUUCUUCCUUUUCAUUGAGCUCAGUUCGACAAAAUCGUUGUUUUAUUGUUUUCAACAUCUUUCAUUUCCUAGCAGCUAAUACCUGUAAACCAAAAACUAUUUAUCAACUCUCUUUACACUCUGUGUAACAAAGUUUGAAAGUGUUAUUGGCUUCCUAACAGAAGAGGCAAGCUCUUUUUGUUCUGUAGAUAACUUCAGUGCUGAGGUUAGGAGUUUUGCCAAACUGCCCAUAAAGAGAACAGAAAAAAUCUUUUUAAUGACAUUCUCUGCAGAGAAGACAGUGAUAGAAAUCUCCCCCGCUGUCUCCACUGGGACUCAGAGCUCUGGAGCGCAAUAAAAAUAAAGCAUUUUGUUUCAAUUUAUUCGCUAGGAAAAAAGAGACCAGCAAAGCCGGCAUAAUCCCAGAGCUGAGGUUGUUUGACACUCAGCAAUGGAAGAGACCCGAGGAGAGGAGACAGGCUGCGAUGAAGGAGAAACAAGCUGUGCUCGAGCAGAGAAGAAAGUGAGUCCUUAUUGACUACAGCUUGAGCCCAAUAUGAUCAAGAUGCCAUUUACUAUGCUAGUGUCCUACAUCCAAAGAAUUAAAUCAUUUUUUUUUAAUCAAGUAUUUACCCACCCAUACAGAAAGUUUUGGAACUGGUUCACUAAGUGUCUUCAGCCAUGAAACAGGUUGUAACACCUGGCUUAUACAAAGUACAUCCCCAGAAAAAAAUCUAGUUUUUUUGUCACUGACUGUUCAGAUUGUAAUUGUGAGUUUAACCCUCCUGCUGUGUUCGGAUCUGCACCGACCCGUUUUUGAUUUUCUUAAAAGAACCACUUCAAUUAGCUUUUUUUGCAUCAAGACUUUUUGACUUUGUCAGGAGUCUCUAUUUCAAGAAAUUUAAAAAAAAUAAAUAAAAAAUUUGACUAAAUUAUAAAAUGCUCUUUUUAAAAUUAUGGCAUGUGUCCUGUUAGGGUCGCUGUUGACCCCGUUAGAUCAAUAUCUAAUAAUUAGAGCAAAAACUAAAAUCAUGUGUGCACUGUCAGGCACAACACUGACAGUCAGAUCCUCUUCCAAUCAUGUGAAAUUUAGGAAAUUCUCAUUUUUCCAUGUUUUUCUCUGCACAGAUGACAACCAAAUUGGAUGAUAGAGAAUUCUUUUUAGUGUAAUUUACAGCUGAGUUAAGACACAGGUCAGAACCGACCCUUAACAUGGUGGGUGCGUAGUAAAAGCUAACACAGGAUAAAGGUUAUGUGAGUAUUACAGAGAGGAUUCAAGAUAGAUCUGUUUGACGGGGUUGAAGUACUUUUUAUGAAACUGGAAACGGCAACUGAUUCAUCAUAAAAACACCAGACUCCAUUGACAAAAAUGACAUUUUUAUCUCAUAGCAAACAGAAGGUGCUGCUUCACUUGGUUUGUUCGUUCACAGCAGUCUGUCACUUUGGUUUUGUUUCACACUGGAACCGACACAACACUUAUGUGUCAAAAUAACACAAAUAAACAAAAAAUAAUAUGAUUCUGUGGUGGUAACCUGGAUGUCAGUGGGGUUUGGUGGUUGUUAAGACAGUGAUUUAGCAGCUGUCUCUAGUUUUAAAAAAUCAUCAUCAUCAAAUAUAUAAAUGCAAAAUUAAUAAAAAUGUUCUGUCACAAAGCUGGGUUUAGGGUUAGGGAUCAUUAUAAUGCUCACAGCCUAAUGACACAAAGAGUAAUCUGUGCAUGUUGUCCCCAUUGAUAACAUUUAGAAACAGAAGCCCAGGACCAUUUUCCCUGACAUAUAAUUAACACGCUGUAUUCUGGUCUACUUUAGAAGCCAGGAGGCUCUUCGAGCAUGGCGUUCACAGCCUAAGCCAAAAAAACAAGAAAAAUGGUGGAAUCAAGAGGUAUGUUCAGAAUAAAUCACCCUCUUUGCACCUGUCAACCUGCCAACCACAGGGGGGCAGUAGAGCAACACCAGUUUUGUACUGGUUUGAUGACCGUUAUACUGGAAUUACUGCAAAAUGAAGGUUUGAUGUUUCUCGGAGUCUACUCAGGUGGUAACAGAUGGUGCGUGCUGCAUCAGUGAUCACACAGUAAUAACACAUUACAGUCCAGGCUGGAGUCUGCAUGACGGUUAUGGGGCAGAUACUCUUCAGCUGAUACUGUUUGUAUCAUUAGUCUGAAUUUAGCCUGAGAUGUGAUUAACACAGAUGAGGUCAUUUGUCAGGUUGGAGCAUCAGCUGUAGUUGGUUCGUAAGGUGUUUUUCAAACAGCCGGAUCAUCAUAUAUAGAUAGAUUGACUUCAAACUCAGGAAAGCUGCUUUUCCACUCUGAUCUCUGUUUCAGGAAGCAGACACAAAUUUAAAAGCUGAUGUGGAAGACUCUCUUCAUACUCAGACUCCCAGCAUGACCAUUACAGAGCAGGAGGAGUCCAGGUGAAUGUGAUUAAGUUAAAAAUUAUGACAAAAUUGAAAUUUUUCCUUUUUUUUUUCUUCUGUUUAUUAAUGACUGAAAAGUGAAAAGAUGCUGUUUCCUACUCCUCUCUGUGAUGUACUGGGUGUAAAAACUGAUGUGCAUGCUGUAGUUCAGUUAUGAUGGAUAUGCAGUGAGUGUAAAAAUGUCCAUAAAUAAUAAGAUAAGUUGUUAUUAUUAUUGUUUGGAGGAUUCAAAGUAUAAGGUUAAAUCUAAGGGUACACGUUGUUUUGUUUGAACCCAAGUCCGCAAUGUAAAGGUUGUUAUGAAAUGUUUUGCACUUGCUUCUUGUUACAUUUAGGUUCAUCCUCCAUGCAUAUAAAGGUGUUGAUGGACUAGCCCUAAGCUAUAUUUCUAACUUUGUUGUUAAAUAUUUGCCUCCAAAAGCACAAUAAUGAUCUGUAUCUUUUUUUCCAAAGUUCCAUCACGUGUUCAGCCUUCAUCACUUCACUUAAAGCUUAUGGUUUAGGGUAUACCUCAAGAAAGUAACUCAAUUUCUCUAACUGUAAUUUAUGUUUUUUAUUUUUUUUUAUUUUCAAGUAAGGUACUGGGAGGAUAGCGAAGCACUUGAAGCGGGAUGCUUUUGGACAUGAAGUACCAUAAAAACGAGCUUAGUUAUUGUAAUUUUUAUUAUGAUUAUUCCACCCGAUCCAAACCUGGUUGGUGACAAAGGGUCUUUAGUUUUCCCAAACAAGACAUCAGGGAGCUGCUAUCAUCAGUUGUGCAGCUGCAGAUAGAAUUCUAGAGACCCCUUGUGGACAUGAAGAAAAACUACAUCAACUUCAGAACAGCAACAGUGUCUUUUGUUCUUUUAAAGCACCAUUCAGCUCAAAAGCAGAUUAACCACAUUAGAUAAAACACCUGGGUUUUUACUUCUUUGGUCAUAUAAGUUAAAGGUCAGUCAGUCACAGUAACACAUUUUGUCUCUUGCCUACUAGACGGUUAAAUUGUGAUACUGCUGACCAUAUGUUUAUUCAGUAUUUCUGCAUUCUUACAAUUUGAACUUUGACCUCUGUGUUCCUCCAGAUCUGCCCGUAAGCUGGAGCGGCAGAUCCGUUCCCAUGUGGAGACGAUGCAGGAGCGACGCAAGAAUCCCAGGGGCACCAGCAAAGAGCAGAUGGCAGCAGCAGAGCAAGAUCUGGAGGAGGUGAGGAGCUCUUCAUCAUUAUUCACACAACCAAUCUAUAUCUGACUCUUUGGUUAUUGAUCUGAAUUGGUUUCUUUUUUUGACAAUAGAUGAGGAAGUUGCAGACUCGGCUUCUGGAGAAGAGAGAAAGAAAUCUUGGAAAGUGUUUCACUAUCUUCACUGGAGACAACUGGCCAAGUUACCUUGACAACUGACUUCAUUUUGAGUUUGUGAUAUUAAGUCAAUUCUCUGGGCUUGCAAUCCUUAUAACUUUAAAUAAAGAUCAAAUGACUAUUGGAUCGCAAGUAUUUUGAGGUUUUCCAUUUUGUUGCUCUUUUUUUCCCUCGUGCAGGACAAUAUCACCCUGAAUUGUGUUAUUUUUUAAAUUAACCUCAAUUUAGAAGUCAAAAACUCAAGGUACGAGUUAGCAGUGCAGCACUGGUAAUCAUUUUAACAGUAACCUAUUUAGCAUUUUUGGUGUCUGAUUUAUACAAACCAAAACUCACUGUAAACAAAAAUCUUUAAGUAGAAUACCAGACAUCUUGGAUUUGAACCAUGACCAAAGAGGCAACAUAAAGAUGUAACACCAGA